AUGGCGUUCAAAGAGCCUAUGCACAAGAUUCUAGAUCGUAUUAAGAACGAAUCGUUCUUCAAGUGGCCGAAUAAAAUGGGGGGUGAUCCAUCUCGGAGGAAUCAAAACUUGUACUGCACAUACCAUAGGGAUAAAGGGCACACCACCGAGCAGUGUCGGGUACUAAAAGAUCAUCUCGGACAGCUAGUAAAACCAGGGUAUCUGAAAGAGUUCGUACCGGACUCCGCAGACCAGGAGGCCGGCCAGGGUGUUCAGCAGAAAAGGAAUCCCCUCCCACCACCGCUGGGAAUGAUCGAAGUCAUCCACGCUGCCCCGAGAGGUACGGCAGCAGCUAAGGGAGUACUGACAGUGGCCUGCGCGGAGGGAGAAUCACCCGAGAAGAGGAUGAAAGUUGGUCGGCUAACCAUCUCUUUUGGCAAGGAAGACUUGGAGGGGACGAUCCAACCUCACGAUGAUGCAUUGGUAGUAACAGCUCGGAUAAGCGGGUUCUUAGUGAAAAGAGUGAUGAUAGACCAAGGAAGCGGAGCUGACAUAAUGUACCCGGAUCUGUUCGUAGGGCUCGGAUUGAAGAGUCAGGAUUUGGCGAAGUAUGAUACGCCGCUGGUCUCGUUUGACGGAAGAGUCGUGAUUCCCGAAGGACAGAUUUCUCUCUCGGUGGACAUGGAAGGCAAGGAAGUAAUAAUGACCUUCAUUGUAGUCCGAUCAUUCUCACCGUACACUGCAAUCCUAGGCAAACCGUGGAUUCACGCAAUGAAGGCCGUUCCGUCCACCCUGCACGUGAAAGUCAAAUUUCCCACCGAGUAUGGAGUCGCCGUGGUACGAGGGAACCAACGAGUGGCUAGGCAGUGUCUUGUCCCCGCGGUCAGAUGGAAGAGCGAACAGAUCGGACAAGCGGAGGCCAUUGAAAAAGAAACUUUAUAG